ACAGAAAAACUCCGCCAGAAAAUAACAGGCCAACGGGCAGGCAGGCGCGGCAGCCCCUAGGGUUUUUUUCCCCUCUCUACUUCGUCGCAGGAGAACGAAGCUUCUUUGCUUCUCUGCCUUUCGAACUGUUCCAUUAUGCAACAUUGACUCUCAACUACUUGGCUUGGAGAGAGUUCAGUUAUGUCUCAUUCAGUAGAAGCUGAGACAGAAAAGUUAGAUUUCAAGUGGAAUAAAAAGAGAGGAGUUGGUGGAAAAAAGAAAGAGAUUCAGUUUUAUGAAUCUUUCACUUAUGAUGGAAUUGACUAUGCUUUGUAUGAUUGUGUAUAUCUCUACAAGGAAGGAGAGCCUGAACCUUAUAUAGGUAAACUUAUAAAAAUAUGGGAGUUGCCUGAUAAGACAAAGAAGGUAAAGAUCUUGUGGUUUUUCCGGCCUUUGGAGGUUUCAAAUUGGCUUGGAGAGGAAAGGACACUCGAGAAUGAGCUAUUUUUGGCGUCUGGUGAAGGCGUUGGCCUUGCAAAUGUUAAUCCAUUGGAGGUACUUGCUGGCAAAUGUUGUGUUGUCUGUACUUCCACUGAUAGCAGAAACCCACAACCUUCAGAAGAAGAACUUCGAAUGGCUGAUUAUGUUUUUUAUCGUACAUUUGAUGUUGGAAGCUGCACAAUUUCAAAUAAGAUAGACGACAAAAUAGCUGGCAUUGAAGUUAAAUUUAUAUUUAACAAAAAAGAUCGCCAAAGUCCGGGCAGUGUUCUGCAACUUGAUUCAGACAAGAAAGAAGACAUGGGGAAUGCUUUAGAAAGUAAAGAAAAGAAGCUGCUUUCCAAGCAACACUCUUAUAAAGAAUGCCAAACUGUAAAGGUUGAUGGGAGUUUUAAUGAUCGUUUAGUGAAAGAGGAAGCUGAUGUCAAGCCUUUGUUCAUUGCACGGGAUUUUUCAUCUGGAGAAAAACCUGGUUCUGGUGCAGGUGCAGAAUCUCAUGAAAUAAUUGCAACUAAUGUUGAAGAGGAACAUGCUUCAGGUGGCGAGACCACGUUUAGGCCCAAAGUUGAUCUUGAUAAGAUUGAGAGGAAAGUAAAAGAGGAACGUGUUUCAGGUGACAAGACUGCACCGAAGUCCAAAGUUGAUUUUGAUAAGACUGAGGGCAAAGUGAGUAAGGUUCUUGUCAAUCAGGAUGCAGUUAAAGAGAAGGUAAAAUUCACUAAGGAUUCUGCUGCAUUGGACAAUAGGCCUUUGAAGAAAGCAAAACUUGAUACUUCUGUUGAACUGCCUCAAGAGAAUAGGAGGAAUGAUGUGCAUGUGCAGAAGUUAAACAUUGAUUCUGAUGGGAAUGAUGUGAAGGCUUCAUCUCACGUUGAUACUUUGUCUGAAGAUAAAACAAAAUCUAAAGGAGCCGGGGAUUCACCUGCAACAGGAAAUGGUCCAUCUUCCAAGAAGUUGAAGUCUGAUGAGAUCAUAACAAAAGUUUCAAAUGGCAACUCAUUUAAAGCCCGUUCUAGUCAAUCUCCAGAUGAGGGAAGAAAAAGUGAUGGCCAGUUAUUGGAGGUCACCCGAAGACCAAAUGCUGAUAGAAGCAAGUGGUUUAAAGGACUUCCUUGGGAGGAAAGGAUGCAAACUGCUUACAGGCAAGGAACACUAGUCCUUCUUCAGAAUUUGGAUCCAGCUUACACUUCAGCAGAAGUGGAGGAUAUUGUUUGGCAUGGGUUUGAAUUGCUUUGCACGGCAAAGAUGAUACAGCGGACAGCAAUUUCUAGCCCACACUCUGGUCAAGCUUUUGUUAUUUUCAAAACAAAGGAAGCAGCAGAGAUGGUUGUCAGAAAAUUGGAUGAAGGAUGUUUAGUGCUAUCAAAUGGGAGGCCUCUCGUUGGAAGUGUUGGAACUCCGAAUUCUCUGGAAAAGCAGUUGUCAUUUAUUGGCCAUCUGUCUGUUGAUAAAGUUAAACUCUUGACACAACGUGGAGAGAUGAGACAAGCUGUAUCAACUUCACAUUGUUCUCAGCCUAACACAGUUGAAUAUGAGAUGGCCAUGGAAUGGUGCUUAUUACAGGAAAGAUCAGACAGAUGGUGGAAAAAGUUAUACAAGUAUCAAGGGGAGGAGUUGAGAAAACUGAAGGCUGAUCUCAAGUCUAAAUAAGUACCUACUACUAGGCCCAUUUGCUCUUCCAGUGUGUCUACCUUGUGAAUCAAGAAAAAUGCCUCUCCUCUUCCUCAGAAGCACUGACAAAGUUGUUACAUAGUUUAUACAAGGACAUUAGGGGGUUCCAGCAGGGUGAGGUAUAUAUUGGCAAAACCCUCCAUUUAUUUUCUGAAUUUUCAUCUAUAGAUUCUCAUGGAAAUUAUUAUAUCGAACUUCUGUUGACCAUUUAUGUCCUGAUGGCCUACCGAGUACAUAUGGAGUAGCACUUUGUGCUUGGUAAUCCAAUUGGAAAUGGUCUCGUCAUUUUUUGUUUCCUUGUGGUUUCAAUGGGAUACCACUAACAGUCAUUGAACUAUAGUUGUUGCAACAUCCUUGAGGCUCGUGGCUUCACACUCUAUGAUGCGGUUGUGUCAUCAGUCUUCUAGUCUAGAAAGCCAAUCUCAGAAACAGAAAUAGGAUGCUAAUUUAACUCUUAUGUUUUUCCUACAUGGGGAGUUUAUGUGUCUGCCAGAUCUGUCUUCAUCCAGUUUGUUUUCUUUGCAGAAGGAAUGGGACCGCAUGGUAUUUGGGUGGGAGCUCCCUGUUUUUGGGGUAGAUUCUGGUUAACCCUAUUCAAGCAUUUUUUGGGGAAAUCGGUCAGUGACACUGCUUCCAUGACAACCACCGGGCAAGCUUUCACCAAUUUUUGCACCGUUACCUGACCAUGAUCAUGUGUAAAUUAAUAUUUGUAUCAAUAUUUCAUUUUAUGUUCAUUUUUUUCUGGCUAAAUAUUUUAAUGUUAUUGUACUAAUGAUUAUUUUGUGCGAUGUGACAUUCCUCUCACUGCGGGCGUGGCCACUGCCUUCCCCAUUAUUCUUGUAUACCGGGUCACAUUGGUUCAUUUUGUGAAUUGUUUUUCUUCAAUCCUUUUUUGGGUCUUUUUAAA